AUGAACAAGAAGAAGUCUUUAGUACUGAAGAUUCGGACAUGUCUGAUGGAUCAACCAGAGACGAGUCAGACUAAGGAAGACGAGGUUAUUAUCCACUUUCAGAAGGAGGAUCAUGAUGAAUAUACCAGCCAUUCCCUGAUUCCGCAACAGAAAAUGGUGGAUAAAAUCAAGAAUAAAACCCUAAAUAUACAAACGUUCCAAGGGUUUUUAAAACGGCGACUGGAUCAAGUUAUACAAAGCUUGAGUCCAUUCAAAAGGAAGCAUCAUGUCUACUUCGGUACAACUAGCCGGGAGAUAUCGCUUUCAAUAGAGUUAACAAACAAUCAGGUGGAAAUCCAGUUAAUUCCAACCGAAGACGUGCGGAGGGAUCUCUUAAAAAUGAAGCCAGAAGUCGCAAGCGCGUUGAAAUGGAUUCAUAUAGGAGCAAUCCAACUGGUGAUCAAGUCCUCACUUUUACCAGGGACAAAUACACCAAUUGAUAUUGCAAUUUGUGACAAGAGAAUUACAAAUUCAAGAGAUGCAGUGUUGGGAGUUUUCUCAGGCAAUCUCUACGCCAAGCAGAUUAUAACCGAGUUGUAUCCACAAAUCGCUUAUAAUAUCCAAGAUUCCUCCUUCAGCAGAGCCCUGACACUCUAUCAGGAUUAUAAGAGGAAGGAUCUUUUGAUGGGAGGAAAUAAGCCAUACUCGAUCACCUAUCAAGUAUCGUAUGCCCUAUCAAACUCCCACCAUACAAAUCUAUUUCUAGGAAAUAAUUUUAUUAAAAUUCCAGAAAUAUUCAAGGAUGUGGCUAGGGCGAUUAGCCCAGAUCGUGUUGAGAUCCUAAAAAUUAGGGAGAUCGACAUCCAGGUCAAAGACAAACAGGUGCUGAAGCAUAAUCAAAGUCUCAGAUUGGGAGCACCAAGGUUGUCAUUCCAAGGAGAAAAAUUGAUAUCAAGGCCUUUGGAAAGAAGUUUCUCUCAAUCAUACGAGAGAAAGCAAUCCAGGAAGCACCAGUCUAAGGCAUAA